CGUUAUCAAUUCACCUAAGAUGUCCAAAAAAACCAUAAAAAUGAUGAAAUUUCAUUCAUAACUCCAAAACCCUUCAAAGAGAAGGCAACAAGACAAAAGAGAGAGACAUUUCCUGGGUUUUUCAAAUCAUCAAUCAUCAUCAUAUCAGGAUUAGAUCCCACCAUUACUACUUUGACAACUUAACCUCUCUCUCCUUUUCUGUUCCUGAUUGCCUUCCCACUUUUUUCUUCUUCUCUGACCAACCUAUUUUCUGUAUACAUAAGCUAUCCUAGAAAGUUCAAAGUUGUAUAAAGAUACAAACUUGCUCAAGUUUGGGUUAAAUUUGAGCCAACAUAUAGUCUUUUAAGUAUAAAUUUCUGAAGAUUUGAGGAUUUUAUGUCUGGGAAUUUUGGUUCACCCAGUGCCCAAUUGAUGUCUGGGAACAGAUGUUCAUUGCCUCUUGCAAUUUGCGGUGUGCUUGUGUUUGUACUUCUGUUGCAGCUUUACUCUCUUCUUCCGCAAAAUGAUGUCUUUAGCUUUGAUACACAAUUAUACUCUAGUGAGCGUUUUCAUGAGCUUGAAGAGGUCGAUGAGGAGAACCUUCAAAUGCCUCCGCCAAGGAAGCGUUCUCCUCGAGCUAUCAAAAGAAAACCCAAGAAGUCAACUACCUUGAUUGAGGAAUUCCUUGAUGAGAACUCACAAAUUCGGCAUGUAUUCUUUCCUAACAUGAAAACUGCGAUUGAUCCCGACAAGGGGAAUGACAGCUUCUACUACUAUCCUGGAAGAAUUUGGUUGGACACUGAUGGAAAUCCUAUCCAAGCUCAUGGUGGAGGUGUUCUGUAUGAUGAGAGAUCGAAAACAUACUACUGGUAUGGAGAGUAUAAGGAUGGACCGACAUAUCAUGCUCACCAGAAAGCAGCAGCACGAGUUGAUAUUAUUGGAGUUGGAUGCUACUCAUCAAAGGACUUAUGGACAUGGAAGAACGAGGGCAUUGUACUUGCAGCUGAAGAACACGAUGAAAGUCAUGACCUUCAUAAAUCUAAUGUGCUUGAGAGACCGAAAGUUUUGUACAAUGAAGAAAAAGGAAAGUACGUUAUGUGGAUGCAUAUAGAUAAUGUCAACUACACAAAAGCCAGUGUGGGCGUGGCUAUCAGCGAAUACCCUAAUGGUCCAUUUGAGUACCUCUAUAGCAAAAACCCCCACGGUUUUGACAGCAGAGAUAUGACGGUCUUCAAAGACGAUGAUGGCACAGCAUAUCUCAUAUAUUCUUCCGUUGAGAACAGUGAACUUCACAUAAGUCCUCUUACGAAAGAUUAUCUUGAUGUAACAAAUGUUGUGAGGCCUAUUCUUGUUGGCCAUCGACGUGAAGCCCCGGCUGUAUUCAAGCAUCAGGGCACGUACUACAUGAUUACCUCUGGCUGCUCAAGCUGGUCUCCCAAUGAAGCACUGGCUCAUGCAUCCGAGUCCAUGAUGGGCCCAUGGGAGACUAUGGGAAACCCAUGUGUAGGAGGAAGUAAAAUCUACAGGGAAACGACAUUUUUCUCUCAGGGCACAUUCGUUUUGCCAUUAAAAGGACUUCCAGACUACUACAUAUUUAUGGCUGAUCGAUGGAACCCAGCGGAUUUGAGGGACUCGAGAUACGUAUGGCUGCCUCUGAAGGUUGCAGGGCCUGUGGACCGGCCUCUGGACUAUGACUUUGGAUUCCCACUAUGGCCCCGAGUAUCAAUUUUCUGGCACAAAAAAUGGCAACUACCUUAUAGGUCGAGUGGUUAAGUCUCUAACUUGUAUCAUAUGCUACGAAAGAUAGUUAAAUUGGCCAAUUCAUUCUUUUGAUAUCUUUCUUGUAACACUAUCAUAUCUUCAUACUCCAUAGAUUUUAGUUUUAGCUCAGCAAAAAUAAAAGUUUACCGGUGUUUAUAUCGAUUGAGAUUAACUGAACUCUUGUAUCAGUAUUGGACUAUAGAGGAGCAAUUGACAUGUUUAGAGUUUUGAGAUAUUCAAGUGUUUAUUGUUUCUAAAGAAA